CAUAAAUACACGUGAGCAGACGAGUUACACAGCAUUUAGAAGCAGAUUAAUAAUCGAGUCACAACAAAAACAUUCAGUCCAGUCGAACCCAACAAGGAGAGAAGCAAAUAAAAAAACUUCAUCACUCGAGAUCUUUUAGUUCAGAAUGCAUACACGAUUGUGUUGACUCACUUAAGAAGCAACAAGGUCACAUCAAGAGAAUUAUCUAUCAGAAAGCACACAGACAUUCGUUUAAUUGCGAGGAGUGGACAGACGAAGCCUCAAACCAGUCGUGUUAAAUCUAAAUAUAACUUUAAAGAUAACCACGGGUCAAACACAAACUUAUCUUAAUUUUCGUUUGUAGUGAACUUACGACGGUAUUUUGUAUUCAUUCACCAGAAGGAGUAUUUAUUUAUUUAUUCAUCACAUUUCAUCAUGGAAGUGUACGUGAGGACUUCUGCAUCUUCAAGAAAUAUCUUGAUAUUGGUACUUUCAACAUGUUUGACAUUAAACCUAUCACAUGGCACACCGAUACAGGAUAAUGCGAGAGAGGAUCUCGCAUUAUCUUUGCCCUAUUUGUACCAAUUCGGCUACUUUUCCACGGACAGCAUAGAACCCGGUAAAACACCGGGCGAAACACUGGGAAGCGAACAAUUUCAGCGCGCCGUCAGCGAAUUCCAACGUUUCGCCAACAUCGAUAUUACAGGGACAAUUACAGAUGAAACGAAAUUUAUGAUGGAGAAACCGCGCUGCGGUAACAAGGACACUCAACCGCAUACCAACCGCGUGCGGCGUUACAACGUCGCCGGCGGCAAUUACAAGUGGAAUAAAGAGACGCUGACGUACAGGAUUGAGAACUUCCCGACGAUGCGUAAAUCGUCUUCCAUCAACGAAUUCCAAGUCCGUCAUGACGUCAGAAUGGCCUUUAAAUUGUGGAGCGACGUCACUCCUCUUGUCUUCGUCGAAGUCCACGACGAGACGGUUGAAGUGGACAUCGAGCUGCGGUUCGGGAGCCGUGUUCACACAUCGGUCUACGGCGAUCCCGCCUUCGAUGGCGAGGGCGGUACACUGGCUCACGCGUUCACACCGAACAGCGGGUGGGGUAAAACGAACGGCGACGUCCAUUUCGAUGAUGACGAGCAUUUCACACACAAGGUUUAUUCCGGAAUAAAUCUCUUCUACACGGCCGCCCACGAGAUCGGGCACGCCUUGGGACUCGAUCACUCUGACCAGAGGAACUCCCUCAUGUGGCCGUGGGACAAGGGUUACAUCCCAAACUUCCGCCUCCCUCUCGAUGACAGACUCGGCAUUCAAGUCAUCUACGGGCGCAACACCAAAAGAACAGCCACCACACCCACCACUCACCGCGCAAGCAACUUGAAUUCAUCCCCUCCUCCGUCACAACUAGAGAAGGAUGAACUGGAACUCGUUGAAGGGGGACCAGCUCAUCAACAAGUCCAAACAAAUACCCAUGGGCCCACUUUACCUUAUAAUCAUCCCGCUGAAGGAAAGAACCCCUUCCAGGUAUCAACUGACCCCCCUCCUACCACCCAAACGACCACCACCCAGCCUCCUAUCCUCAUCCCACCAUACUGUAACACCUCCUUGGAUGCCGUCGCUGAUAUCAGGGGUAACCUCAUGAUCUUCAAGGGCAAAAAAAUGUGGCGAUUCCGACCAAACUACAACUCCGAAGGAUACCCCGAUGGCACGUUCCCUCUGGUGGCAGUCGAUACAGACAUGGGCAUACUGACUGAACAGUUCUUCAGGGGAAUCAAGCAAGGCAUGAAGGCAGUCUACGAGAGACAAGAUAACAAGAUUGUCUUCCUCAAAGCACGCAAGAAGUGGAUCUAUGAUGGGACGACCCUCUACCAGGGACCUGUCCGCGUCAGUCCCAGUCCGAACGGCUACCCUCUCACUGUGUACGCCGCCCUCUAUGACAAGACCAGUGGUUUGACCCAUCUCUUCAAGGGCAACAAGGUGUGGCUUUAUAACGAAGCCCUCGGAACGAUUGAGAAGUCCACGCUCAAGAAGGUCUUCAAGGGCCUCCACCCAUCAGCGAGAGUCAACGGUGCUUUUAUGCUGAAUAAUCAUAAAUUCCUUCUUGACGGACCCGACUACUAUGAGGCAAAUGAAGAUAACUAUGUACCCAACAUUGGAAAGAGGAACUUUGGAGUUGAUAUUCUUGGCUGCCCACCAACGAGUCCACCACAGAUAUACUAACCACCGAUCCUCACUCUGAUGAAGGGGAUUAUAAACUCUUAAGAAGAUCUGGAUGUUUCACUGACUUUCUUAAUAAGACGAGUCCAUUGUUUGGAUUAUUAGACAAAUAUUGAACAAGAGAACAACUUGUGGCAUUGUCUCUAUAAGGAUUAUGAGGAGGAGGGCAAACCUAACAAGAAAGUACAACUGUUAAGCUGGAGAAAUUAUAUCGACUUAUCAGAAUGGUGCCUGUUUUUCAGAUAUGAGGGAUUACCUCCAAAGGAGAAUUUGAUGCAUCAAUUUUACACGGAAAUGACUUUGAACUUUAGAUUUUUAAGUAUGUCAGCAGUGUGCAGAUAGUGGGUCAAGAUUUCAAUCAACCACACAUUUCUGCUAAGUAUUUUUUCCCUAAGUUUACAAUUCACCACUUGGAGUAUUUUCAACAAGAGAAGCAACAUUCUAUGGCAUUCUGAAGGGAUGAAUGGAAGCUUUCAGCGGUUGAGACAUCGGGGGUCAAGAUUUCAAGGAAUCGAAACUUUCUAGAGGAAGCAGCUUCCUGCCUUUCUAGGAAACCCAUCGUCUUGCCUGGAAAUGAGGUCCCAAUGCCAGACACAGAAAGGAAAUCUUGUGUUUAACAACCGUCGCAAUGUUUGCUUCAAACCUGGGCCCUGUAACACAAACCUUAGAGAUUGAUCAUAAGGCUGUGUCUUGCAAUUGAUCAUACACAAUAAAUCAAUGCAAUCAAUUGUAGACAUCUGCACAACAAUCAAUCGCUAAGCAUUAUGUUACGGGGCCCAGGACGGCUAAGGAUGCAUUGUGGGGAGGACCUUGUACAGUUCCUUAAUGAAACUUUUUAUCGGUUUCCUCCCCGUCUCAAAUAUUUUGUCCAUUCAUCCUUAUCAGCUUCGAGCAAGGUUCAUGUCGGGUGAUGCGUUUGAUCCCAAGAGGUCCUGUUAACAAAAAGCUUAAUGGUUGAUCACUGGGCCGAUUUCCAGGAGUGAUCGCAUUCAUUAAUGUGCAUGAUAAGUGGCAGAGAUCAACCAACGAUCAAUUGGUUAGCUUCGUGAAAUGGGGCCCUGACCACUCAAAGAACAUCAUCAAUCAAUUAUAAUCCCUUGUAAAUUUCCAUUCUCAAUUCAAGUUACUGGCAAGUCAAUGGAUUGUAACAGGAAUUUAAUGUUUUAAUCCCCCAACUACUGUAUAGUAUUAUAAAUAGAAACAAAACAUAUCAUUUCAUUUAUUUUUCUACUUUUGAGAUAUAUACAUGUACCUUGACCUCACUUUGUGAAGAUUAUCAGUGCCUUUUCAAAGCUACCAGGGUAGCCAUGCUCGAAGCCAAUGUUGAUUGUGUGCAGCACUUCAAACAUUGCAUAAAGCAUGCUAUAAAUGUUGCAGAUUUUACCUGAAUUGGUUCACGCUUAAGGACAAGUUUGGACAACCCAUUCAACCAUGAGUUUAGGUUACUAGCACAUUCUGAAAUAGCUUUAACCUGAUUGAAAACAUAAAAAUACACAUGGAUGAAAUAGACACCAUCGUAAUAACAGAAUUAUUUCAGCACAUGCACGUGUUCAUUAUGACAAGUUUGACUGAACAAGGUUGAUUAUGUAUUACUGUAGGAUUGAUGUUUGAUUAGUUAUUUUCAAAUUUCAUACAAGACCAAUGCACAAAAGAAUAUUUUUUUGUGUGGAAGAGUAAGAUCCAUUCAUUUUGAUGAUUUUUUCUUCCAAUCACUCUGUAUCUACCUCUUCUGCUCAUUCACAUGUGGUGUUACACUGCAAAAACUCUGAUGUUGAUUUAACAGCAUCCCGGAAUAACACCGGAGAAGUGUUAAACAACACCAGUUUCCUUUUGGUCUAACACCAGAUAGGUGUUUCUACAACACCAAUUAGUAU